AUGAAUUUAAGGAAAAGUCGAUUAAAAUAAACUCCAUUUGCUGCAUCUAAAUUCUCUUCCUCAUUUUUUCAGCCAUUACUUCCUGAUUCAAAAACUAAAACUAAAAAAUAAAGAUUAUAAGAUUCAAUUGAAAAUUUCGUUCAAAUUUAUGAAUAAUAUCUUAAAAUGCUUUUUGGGCAAGAAAUAACUUUUUAAGAUGAGAAACAAUUUAACCAAAAGUUAUAAUUAUUCUAACAAGAGGAAGAUGCUUUAGAAGAAUUUGAUUUACCAGAAACAGUAAUAAGGUAAAGUUUUAUAAUUAUUCAUUAUUUCCAGCCUCCCAAACCCAGACACAAUACCUGAUGACUUUGAAUAUCCACUAAAAUAGAUAGAAUAUUUCGAACAAAUUGUCAAGUCUUUAAAAAUAGAUGAAAAAUCUAUUCAUGAUAAAUUGUUCUUAAAGGCUAUUGAAAAUGUUUACACUAAUCUAUCGGAUCGCAAACUCUUCUCCUUAUUUGAAUUACGAACUAGAGGAAUAGAAACACAGCCCAAUUAAUGCAGAAAUACUCUAAUCGGUUAUGGGACAGGUUAAUAGUUAUUUCAAAAAUCUCCAGAUCGAACUCCUAGAUCUAUCAUCUUGGAUGAUAAUCAUAAUCAGGAAAACAAGACAGAAAUUUUCCCAAUAUAUGAGAAGGAUGAUUGUGUGAAUAAGUUAGUGAGAAAAUUUCGAAAUUAUCUUAAAGAUCAUAUAAACCGAAAUUAAGGAAGCUUAGCUAAUAUUAUUGAUUCAAUAUNAUUCAAUUCCUUUGCCAGUUUCAUCAUUUACUCUAUUUCCAACAAUAGGGAUUAGUGCUUUUAUUGCAUUCUAGAGAAAUGA